AUGACUCAUGGAGAAGAGCUUGGCUCUGAGAUGCACCAGGAUUCUGUUGUUCUAACUUAUCUAGAGGGAUUACUGAUGCAUCAAGCAGCAGGAGGCUCAGGUACUGCAGUUGACAAAAAGUCUACUGGGCAUAGUGGAGAGGAUCAAAACUUUAAGAUUUCUGGAAAUAUAUUUCCUAACUGUCAAAGUAAUGGUCCAGUUCUUAACACGAAUACAUACCGGGGAUCUGGCAUGCUGCACCUCAAAAAAGCAAGACUAUUGCAGUCUUCUGAAGACUGGAAUGCAGCAAAGAGAAGGCGGUUGUCUGAUUCCAUUGUGGAUUUAGAUGGGAAAAAGGAAGCUUUGUUAGCUGGCAUGGUUGAAAAUGUGCCCAAAGGCAAACAGGAUAGCACAUUACUUGCCUCUUUGCUUCAGUCAUUCAGCUCUAGGCUGCAGAGUGUUGCUCUGUCACAGCAGAUUAGGCAAAGCCUUAAGGAGCAAGGGUAUUCCCUUAGCCAUGACUCUUUAGAAGUGGAGAAAGAUUUAAGGUGUUAUGGUGUUGCAUCCAGUCACCUGAAGACACUGUUGAAGAAGAGCAAAGCAAAAGAUCAGAAGCUGGACAGCAGCCUACCUGAUAUAACAAAGAACCUGCCCAAAGAGAGGUUUAUAGAAUCUCCCCAUGUGGGGCAGAGUGGACCUAAAGUGAUAAAUGAGCCACUGUCAUGUGCUGCAAGAUUACAAGCUGUUGCAAGCAUGGUAGAGAAACGAUCUAGUCCUGCUGCUUCACCGAAGCCCAGCGUAGCAUGCAGCCAGCUAGCUUUACUUCUUUCAAGUGAAGCUCACUUGCAGCAGUACUCCAGGGAACAUGCUUUAAAAGCACAAAAUGCAAGUCAAAUAGCAAGUGAGAGACUUGCAGCUAUGGCCAGAUUACAAGAAAGCACUCAGAAAGAUGUUGGCCAAUUCGGUUUAGGAAAAGGAAUGACAAGCCAUCUCAAUGGUCAAACAGGAUCAUCAACCAAAACAGUACCUAGUAAAGGCAAUAUGGCACCAUUUCAGAAUUCAGUGGGAAUCAUGCAUUCUCCUCCCAAAACUAUGGGAUAUAAAAGUACUUUGGAAAGGAGCAACCUGAAAACCUCUUCCAGCAACAGUUUGCUCUUACAUCUGCUGAAAAGCCAGAAUACCACCAAACACAUAAAAGGGCAUGAACAGAGUGAGAGAGCCAGCAUUUUUGAAGACAGCAGCACACCAACAACUCUUGAUGAGUAUUCAGACAACAAUCCUAGUUUUACAGAAGAUGACAGCAGUGAUGAUGAAAGCUCUCAUUCUAACUGUCUUCCUAUAGACUUGUCCUUUAAACAGAGGACAGAUAAACCAGAUGCAGGUCCACCUGCAUCACUGGAUAACCUGACUCAGACCUUGAUUCAUAACUGGGAUCCAAAAGUUUCCUGUCCAGAGAACAAGGAAGACAAAGACACUCCAAAAGCUUCAAAGCUGAAUCCCCAUCAAAAAGUAACACUACUUCAGCUGUUACUUGGCCAUAAGAGUGAAGAAAAGGUAGACAAGAAUAAUGACCCUCAGGGACCACACAGUGCAGCUGAUGUGGCAAAAUUCACUGUACAGACUGGUAAAAGGACUCCUGUUACUGAUAGUCCCAGUGCAAAUCGAAUUACUCCGUUAAGCACUCCACCUUUGCUGGCUUCUGCAAAAGCAGACUCUCCUAUAAACCUCUCACACCAGUCGUUGGCCAUCAAGCGCAGCUCGCCACCAUAUGCCUGCCCCAUGCAGCCAGACAGACUGGUGAAUCCUGCAUCUAAACAUUUGAUAGACCUUUCCAAAAGCAAGGAAGUUCAAGGAGCGAAGCUGACCAGGAAUGAUAGUCCCCAGAACUCUUCGGCAUUCAGUGCCAGCAAGCUGUUGCAGAACCUGGCUCAGUGCGGCAUGCAGACUUCCAUGUCAAGUGAAGAACAAAGAGCUAGCAAACAGCUGCUAGCAGGGAACACAGAUAAACCUGUUGGUUUGAUUGAUAGAUUGAACAGCCCUCUGCUUACAAAUAAAUUGAGUGCACAUGAGGAAAAUAACAAAAUAUUCAGUUGUCAGCCUCCACCCGCUGAACAAGGACUUCCAGGUUCGGAAAUAGAAAAUCUCCUUGAAAGGCGCACUGUCCUUCAGCUGCUUCUGGGAACUCCCAAUAAAGGAAAAAGUGAAAAGAAAGAGAGGAUGCUUUUAAGAGAUGAAAAUUCUCAAGAACAGACAGAUAAGGCUUUGAAUGAGCAAAUAUUGACGGUGAAAAUAAAAACUGAACCAUCUGAAGAAUCAAAUGUUCCUUAUAAUUCAAAUGCACAAGUGAGAGAGUGCAAGGGUAAUAAAUUUCAAGGAUUUGCUCAUUCACUGAAGAGGAACACAGCUGCUUCUCCAGCAUCUGAGGAGUUGAAAUCUGAGCCUCUUUCACCUCAAGAUUACUCGUUUUCCAAAAACGGCCUGCUAAGUAGGUUGCUGAGGCAGAAUCAAGACAGCUAUCCUGCAGAUGAGCUGGACAGAAGUCACCGAAACAAUGAACUGACACACCUUGAAUCGAAGAGUCUUUGCACAGUACCGAAGAAGAGGAAGCUUCAUGCUGAGCCUUUGGAAAGUCCAUUAAAAAAGAUGAAAAGUAAUGUGUCUGAUGCUGCAAACAACCACUCUUCUUCUACUGAAGCGCUGUAUGGGCCUUUGCUUAACAAGCAAGAACUGAAAUUCAGCAGAAGUGAUGCUGAAUUUAAAUAUGCUGUAAGUCAUGGUCCAAAUAAUGAAAGUGAAAAUAGGAGUUGGUCUAGAGAUGGUAAAGGAUUCAAUGUGUUGAAACAGCUGCUUCUCUCAGAAAACUGUGAGAGAGAUCUGUCACAACAUAGGAACAGCAUACUAACGGAGGGCAAGAAAAAAGGAAACAAAUCCACUGCAACAAUUAAUAAACCUGAAUUCAGCAUUGCUUCAGUAAAUGCAUUAAUGGGAAGCCCUGUACAACAGAACAAUUGUGUAGAUCAUAGAACAUUUCAGUAUCCUAUAGCAGUAAAAAGUCCUGCCAGUUCUCCUUUUCCCGAGCAUUUGGGGAGUACAGUAUCUAGACUUGAGUCUGACCAGUUUGGCAUGUGUUCCAUGCCCAGUGAAAAAGGGCCCAUCAGAUGGGUUAUCACAGGUAUGGACAAGAAUGAUAAUGAAAAAGACUCACCAAGACUGACCAAAACAAAUCCAAUAUUGUACUACAUGUUACAGAAAGGCGGCAACUCUGUUAGUAGCCAAGAAGCACAUGAGAAAGAGAUUUGGAAUGAACCGUCAUUUACUGAUAGUUCAACUCAUGUUACAAUCAAAGAGGAGUUGACAUCUGAUGCAGAGCUUAAAACUCCUUUUAGUAACUUGAGAAGCCCUUACAAUAGCCAUAUGGGGAGUAAGACCUCUCAUCAACAUGGUGUGAAUGGAGAAGUGCAUGGACUUCUGGAAAAAGUUCUAUCAAUCAAAAAAGAGCCAGAAUAA